AUGCAAAGGAUUAGCACGCAACAUGUUUUACCUUGGGGACUGCGACUCAUCCCGUCCAAGCUCGACUACCUAGUGGCAGGAAAGUCUCGAAAAGACGCGAACGCUAGUACCGACAUCACGGAAGUGACAAUUUGCACAUUCAAUGCCUCUCCGCAUGACGAACCUCUACAAUCUUGGGAGGACUUUUGCACAUUUGAAUCAUCCGGAGUAGAAGAGUUCAUUGGACCACAAUCAAAGGAAAAACAAUUGACAGACGCAGCAGUCUGGAAAACCUUCAAGGAAACUAUAGAACGCAAACAAGAUGGCUAUUAUAUGCGAUCCCCUUGGAGAAGAGAGGUGGCGCCAGACAAUAAGGGAUUGGCUGUGCGCCGUCUCCAGACACUUAUAAUACGCAUGAGUGCCAGCCCUAACAUAGUCAAACAAUACCACGACACCAUCGAAACUCAGCUGAACCAAGGAAUCAUCGAAUGA